UAUACAUGUGAUAUCUAUGAUCUCGUUCACCAAUCAGGAUGCACCGGUCUAAGGCAGCGUCACUCAUUUGCCGCUCGACAAAGCGUUUAAAAGCGAGCGGGAUCGCGUUCUUCAGUCAUUUCGUUCCCUCAGCGAGAAAAAAAGCUCGAAGAUGGCAAGAACCAAGCAGACAGCUCGUAAAUCCACCGGCGGGAAAGCCCCCAGAAAGCAGCUGGCCACUAAAGCGGCCCGUAAAAGCGCCCCGGCCACCGGCGGCGUCAAGAAACCUCAUCGCUACAGGCCCGGUACCGUGGCUCUCCGUGAGAUUCGCCGCUACCAGAAGUCCACUGAGCUGCUCAUCCGCAAGCUGCCCUUUCAGCGUCUUGUGAGGGAGAUUGCACAGGAUUUCAAGACCGACCUGCGCUUCCAAAGCUCUGCCGUUAUGGCUUUGCAGGAGUCCAGUGAGGCCUAUCUGGUCGGCUUGUUCGAAGACACCAAUUUCUGUAAUUGCAUAACGAUGUCUGGCCGAGGAAAAGGUGGUAAAGGUCUGGGGAAAGGAGGCGCUAAGCGUCACCGCAAAGUUCUCCGCGAUAACAUCCAGGGAAUCACCAAGCCUGCCAUCCGCCGUCUCGCUCGUCGCGGUGGCGUCAAGCGCAUCUCUGGUCUCAUCUACGAGGAGACCCGUGGUGUGCUGAAGGUGUUCUUGGAGAACGUCAUCCGUGAUGCCGUCACUUACACCGAGCACGCCAAGAGAAAGACCGUAACUGCCAUGGAUGUGGUUUACGCUCUGAAGAGACAAGGACGUACUCUCUACGGUUUCGGAGGUUAAAGCCCUCGUCUGUGUGUCAGCAACAACAAAGGUCCUUUUAAGGACCACACAAAUUCUGGUUUUGGAGCUUUUAUUCUAUUGUGGGAUUUAUGGUUCUUUGAAAACUCUUCAUUUAGGUUUGUUCUAAAACCUGAUUUAUAUUUAAUUACAUAAUAUUAUGGGUGAUGGGCAAUGAAGCUUAUUAAGAAGCUUCAAACAAUUUAGGCAAAUCGCUUUGAAAAUUAGUACAUGAAGCUUCAUUAUCAGUGACCUCUACUAGUAAAAAUUAAAACUGCAGAGGCUC